GCGACUUACAUUAAUGUAGUCGCGCUCAGCAGUCAGCACUCUGCAAAUUUUUCUUCAAUUCGAAGAGAGAAAUGGCGUUUGCUUGAUGAACUGAACAUGGAUCGCAAGGAGAAUCGAACUCCACAAGCCGAAAUCGCUCGAAUUCUGGUCGAGUUUCUAGAGGUCGCCGUCACUUCAGUCGUUUUCCUCAAAGGAGUUUACCCAAACGGAGCGUUUGAGCGGCGGCGGUAUAUGAAUGUGGUGGUUCAUAAAGCCAGACACCCUCAGCUAAACGAAUACAUUCAUUCUGCUGUUUAUGGGCUUCUUCCUUUCAUUUGCAAGGGUUUGGUGGAUAGAGUUGCUGUGAUCUUCUUCGAUGGUGGUGAUGUGGCUAUUGAGAGAUUUGUUUUCAAGAUUAAUGUGAACGAGUCGUAUAGUUCGAAGGUUGAACAAUCGCAGCUGGAGUUUUCUCUUAGGUCCUUCUUGAUCAAACUGCCUGUAUCGGAACCUCUAACGAAGGUUCUCCCGCGCAAUUGCAGGUGGGAAAUAACAGGUUACUUUCGAUGCCUGCCCGAAGGUAGCACUAGCAAAGAUGCAGAAAUGUGGGUCCCGACAGAUGCAAAGCAUUGGCAGCAACCGCCACAAAUAACACCGAUCAAGUCAAUGAGCAGUGAGCCGCUCGGGUUGCAGCUGUAUCUCGAACAACCUAGUCUCUCCGAGCCAAAGAACUAGGUAAGUUUGUAAGAAAGCAUGUGUUCAUAUUUGUUUUUCAUCAAGUACAAAUAUUUUUUUUAAUCUGUUUAGUUGUUUUAUCUUCUGGU